AAUAAAACACAACUUUGUAACUUUCUAAGCAACGCACGAGUAGAAAAUUGUUGUAUGCAGAAGUGAGGCUACACAUGGUUGCAAUUACUUAUUUCAAGCUCGAGCAUUUAGUUUCUGAUGAUGUGAUCACAAGAUUGUGUUUUUUAUGUAUAUUAAUCUGAUAGAACUAUAUGACACUAAUGAUGGGUGGCUUGGAUGCAAUACUUUAACCUAAAAUUUAACCUGAAGAGAAUCUUAUGUUUGCCCUGUUUCCAGAAUAUUUUAAAUAUCUGAAUGGUGUGAACAAAUGAAAUCAAACUAUUUUUCUCCGUUGUUCUCAUCGGGGUGUCCUCAUAGUUCUCUGAGCAAGAAAUACGAUCCAGAGAAGCAAAAGUCAAGUUCAUCUGUUUUGAGUUGCAAAAGUAACUAGAAGCGAUCAUUUUUUAUAUUUAUAUUUAGGAUCCUUGGGUUCAUAGUUGUUGUACACCUUCUUAUCAAUAUUUGACAAAGUAAUAAAAGAUGGUUGAUAAAUAUGUUGCUCUGAACCUUGGCUUAUCAAGUGGUGGAGCUUUGAGAGGGCGAACCUGGGCUGUAACCCCCUCCCCUACCCAGCAAAAAGCAAAAACGUUAGUACCCCACUGCAAAAACGUUAACCCCCUCCCCAUUUCCCCUAGAUAGUCGGUCGGGAAAGAAUACAUGUCAAAUAGUCGGUCGGGAAAGGCCCAUGGCAGCACCCACGGACUGUUGGUCGGGAAAGGCCCAUGGCAGGCCCAACAGAAUGUUGGUCGGGAAAGAUACUCCAUAGCCGACAAGCAGUCGGUCGGGAAAGAUAUGUCGGUCGGGAAAUGGCUUUCCCGUCUGGACUUUCCCCAACAGACAUGAUUGGUCGGCAAUACUCUUUCCUGACCGACUGUUUGUUGGCAGAACUUGUAUUCCCGACCAAUUUGGAUGUUGGGGAUGUAUUGCUGUGGUGUAGUGUCUAUUGCUUUCGUUUUAAGCAACCUAGAGCAGAAAACUAUGGUGUUGAGGCAUUCACAACAAUAGGGUUUAAAAAUUGAAAGGAUGGACUUAGUAUUAUUGAUACACAUGUUGGUAAACAUGAUAGUGCCCACAAUAGAGCUAGACAACAAUAUGUGGCAUUCCAAAAUCAAAGGCAUUCCUGUCCAAUUGGUAAAUGUGCUCGAUCGUGGCACCAAAAAGAGUGAAGAAGAAUAUAGAGCUCGUCUUGUCAUUAUUUUGGGUGUUAUCAGAUUUCUUCUAUUACAAGCUCUUGCUUUUUGUGGUCAUGAUGAGAGCUUGAGCUCAAUGAAUAAGGGGAAUUUUUUGGAGAUGAUGAGUUGGUACAGGGAGAAGGAUUCAAAUGCUAAGACUUUGCUUGAUAGUGCGGGCAGGAACCAUUUGAUGACUUCACAUGGAAUACAAUUGCAACUGUGUCAAGCUUGUGCAGAAGAGACCACCAAAGUAAUUAUUGAUGACAUUGGAGAUAGAAAUUUUUCUUUACUUAUUGAUGAGUCCAGAGAUGCAUCAAUAAAGGAGCAAAUGGCUAUGGUUUUAAGGUAUGUCCAUAAACAUGGGUAUGCGAUUGAGAGGUUCAUUGGGAUUAAGCAUGUUGGUGACACAAGGGCAACUUCUCUAAAAGCAUCUUUGGAUGGUGUGUUUCUUAAACAUGGCUUGUCUAUGUCUAAAUUGAGAGGGCAAGGGUACGAUGGAGCUUCUAACAUGAGAGGACAAUUUCUUGGGUUGCAAAGGUUGAUACUAGAUGAAAAUCCUUAUGCAUUUUAUAUUCAUUGCUUUGCCCAUCAGUUGCAGUUAGUGGUUGUUGAUGUUGCCAAGUGUUGUUCCUCUGUAUUGGAUUUCUUUAACCACAUAACUUUGAUUGUCAACACCGUCAAUGCUUCUUGUAAGGGACAUGAUGAACUAGCCCAAGAACAACAUGAUAAUAUUGUGAAUCAAUUGGAGUCUGGGGAAGUUUUUUCAGGAAGAGGGAAAAACCAAGCAACCAACCUUGUAAGACCUGGGGAUACACGGUGGGGCACACAUCAUAAAACUUUGUGUCGGUUUAUUGAGAUGUGGACAUCUUUUUUGCAUGUAUUAGAGAACAGUCAUGAUGAUGCAGAAAAUUUAACACAAAGAACCACAGCAGGUGGCUUGAUAUCUCAGAUGGAAAGUUUUGAAUUUGUUUUCAUGUUGCAUGUUAUAAUCACACUAUUGGGCAAGACUAAUGAGUUUUCACAAUGUUUGCAAAGGAAAGAUCAAAACAUAGUUCUAGCAGUGAGUUUGAUUGGGAUCACAUUGCGGCAACUUCAAAAUAUAAGAGAUAAUGGUUGGGAUCAGCUCUUGAAGGACACAACUGACUUUUGUGUCAAACAUAACAUUAUAUUGCCUAACAUGGAUGAUACAAUACCCGCUCGGGGUCAUUCAAGGGGGCGUGGUGGUCAAAUGUUAACUUUCUAUCAACGCUUCAGAUAUGAAAUAUUCAAUGUUUUGCUUGACCAAAUAAUUAUUGAGUUAAAUAACCGCUUUGCUGAAAGAUCUACUCAAUUGUUGAGAUGCAUUGCUUGUCUUGAUCCAAGGAGCUCAUUUGCUAAUUUUGAUGAAGACAAACUUAUUCAACUUGCUCAGAUGUAUGCUGAUGACUUCUCCAUAUAUGAGAUUUCUUUUGUCCUUAGAAACCAACUUGAAAACUUCAUUGCUGAUGUGAGAGCUGAUCCAAGUUUUGUUAGUUGUAAUGACCUUGGUAGUCUUGCUGUGAAGAUGGUUCAAACUGAUAGACACAUAGUCCUUCCUUUGGUAUAUCGUCUUAUUGAGUUGGCAUUGAUUUUGCCUGUUGCAACCGCAUCAGUGGAAAGAGCUUUCUCAGCUAUAAGUAUUAUCAAGACUGAGUUGAGGAAUAAGAUGGGUGAUGAUUGGUUGAAUUAUUCCAUGGUGUGCAAUAUUGAGCGAGAAAUAUUUGCAAAGGUUGAUGAUGAUGCUAUUAUAUAUCGCUUUCAAGACUAUAGAUUUCGCAAAGGAACUUUACCUCGUCGUAGUAGUGUUGGCUCUUCUUCCACCGUUGAUCAAGUUAUGGAAGACACUGAUGAAGCAAACAAUUGAUUUGGUACUCUUUUUACUGCACGUGCUGUUUGUAGUUCUUGUCAUCUUUUUAUCUAUUUUGUUGUAUCUUUAAGCAUUGAGUUUAAAUUCUAAAUAUUUGGUGCAAUUGAGCCAUAUUUGAGGUAGCUGUAGCUUGAUGGAUUUUAAGUUUUUCCCUCGCGACAAAAAAAUUAUUUUUUGAGCCCGGGGCUUGCUUUAAUCCUGGACCCGUCACUGCGUAUACCCAACCGGCGUAUGAACAUAAGCCGGCAGUGGCGCAUGGCCCUAACGCGCCUCGGGCGCCAUGAAAGCCAUAGCUUGGAAUUGCCGAGGUAUGGGCCGGGGCCUCGGUAGCGAUCGAAUGUUGUUCCUGGCAAAUCUGAUCCGUUCUACGAAAGCUCAGAGGUGCUUCAGGAGGGCUCUGGCUUAUGUGGAAUGAUGAUCUUAAAAUCUCUAUUCAUAGUUCCUCCUUUCACUUUAUCCUAGCCAAUGUAGUUCAUCUAGCCUCGGGGGUUCACUUUUGUUUGAUAUGUAUAUAUGGUGAUCCUUAUCAUAGGCAGACUAGUGCCAUUUGGAAUCAGGUUUCCACUUUUGUGUAUGAUAACCUCGGAAAACCCAUGAUCUGUAUGGGAGACCUUAAUGAUAUUUUGUAUGAUACAGAUG